UCGGCGGGGUGGGGGGAGGGGCGUUUAGAGGAAGCGGAAGUCUCAGCGCAAGCGGAAGUGGUACUGCCCUGAAUACCCCGAGCAGCGAAACGGAGAACAGCUUGAUACUCCCAUCUUUAACAGACACAAAUCAGGACUCGAAAUAUAUUUAAAUUUGCAUCAUGGACAAGAGUGACCUAGUGCAGAAGGCAAAGCUUGCUGAGCAGGCCGAGCGCUAUGAUGACAUGGCUGCUUCCAUGAAGGCCGUCACGGAGGGCGGAGUCGAGCUUUCCAACGAAGAGCGCAACCUGCUCUCCGUGGCUUACAAGAACGUGGUGGGCGCCCGCCGCUCGUCCUGGCGCGUGAUCUCCAGCAUCGAGCAGAAAACGGAGGGCAACGAGAAGAAACAGCAGAUGGCGCGUGAAUACCGUGAGAAGAUAGAGGCUGAGCUUCAGGAAAUCUGCAAUGACGUGCUGGGUCUCCUGGAGAAGUACCUCAUUCCCAAUGCUAGCCAGGCAGAGAGUAAAGUCUUCUACCUGAAAAUGAAAGGAGACUACUACAGAUACCUGUCCGAAGUGGCAUCCGGGGAAGCAAAGAGAACCACAGUGGACAACUCUCAGAAGGCUUACCAGGAUGCAUUUGAGAUCAGCAAAAAGGAAAUGCAGCCAACACACCCCAUCAGGCUGGGACUAGCACUGAACUUCUCUGUGUUUUACUAUGAAAUCCUCAACACCCCAGAGCAGGCCUGCGCUUUGGCAAAAACGGCUUUUGAUGAGGCAAUUGCUGAGCUGGAUACCUUGAACGAGGACUCCUACAAAGACAGCACCCUGAUCAUGCAGUUACUAAGGGACAACCUCACUCUGUGGACAUCAGAAAACCAGGGUGAUGAGGCGGAUGCUGGAGAGGGCGAGAACUAAAGGCGUUGCACUUCACUGUUAAAUCCACCUACACUCUUUAUCUUACACAUAUACAGCCCAUACUUCCCUGCUCCAUCCAGUCCACCUCACCUUUAAUCCACCUUUCUGUAUGACGAGCAGCAUGAAUUGUACCUGACCUACAAGUUUGUACCCCUGAAGCCACGAGCGGCAGGGUGAAGUUUGGUUUUUCUAAGGCUGUCUCGAACAUGUCUGUUUGUGUAUUUUCCCCCAGAUGAGGGAAAAUGUUUGAAAAGUGGAAACGAUUUCCAUCUGUUUUCCCUUCCCCAAAUCCCUCCUAACAUUUUUAAAAGGUAAAUAUUCUCUGGUCUAGUGGGAUAUAAUGCAUUAUAGUGUCCCUCCCCACCCAAUUUUCCCCCAUCUGUCUUUUCUCUCCAAUAGUGUACUGGCAAUUGCUGGUUUUAUUCAGAAGGUUAUUAAACUGUCCAUUAAUUUAACAAACACUGUGACGUUUAGUUUUUCCUCCUGGAUAACUUGUGUUUAUUGGAAAUCAGAAUGGUUUCGUUAUGAGUAGCAGUACAAUUCUGUUGUGAUCUCAUACAGAAGGGAUGAAAACAGGCUGUAUUGUGACACUGACAAACAUGCAUUACUAUUAUUGCUGUCGUGUGUGAUUUUUGCAUACACGGCUAAAGACGAAAAAAGGACCCGAGGUUUGCCAUUCCAUGUCUAUAUUCAGUUUGAAGUAAAAGACAUUCCAUCAGUAUGUGACCUUUCACAAUAACAGACCUUAUUGUGAACAAACUGGAGAGUUUCCUAAUGUGCUGUCAAUGAGGCAGUCAGCAUAAAGGUGCUGUUUGACAUCAGUAAACGAUUUUCCUGGUUCUGUAUCAGUUUUUUUCUUCGUAAUAUUGCCCACAUUUCCGUUUAAUAAAGAUGUACAAUUGUAAACA